AUGGCUACAACUUCAGGUGUACCAACCACCAUAACUCCUUCAUUUUCAACGGUAUCAUAUCUAACUACUAUAACUUUAUCACCUGCUACUACACUUCAUACUAAAUGUGGGAAAUUUAAAUAUGAUACAACAUUAUUAAAUAAUCAAGUAUAUGCUUGUUUCAGCUAUUCAAAUGGUUAUGGUGGAGGAGUUGGUACGAUUAAUUAUGGUCCUCAAGUUCAAGUAGUGUUAGCAAAGACUUCAAGUGCUAUCCAAAUAUUAAAGAAACAUAUAGUAGUUGUAUUAUUCUUAGUUCAAUUUUUAUUAUUAAUUGUGUUAUUAUAA